AAAAAUCUUCUUCCCUCUCCUAGACUCAACACGAUUAUGUUCGCACGUGCGAUCCAUUCUUCUAUUCAGUUACAGAUCUCUCCUCUCUCUCUACAACAGUACUCUCUCUCUCUCUCUCUCUCUCUCUCUCUCUCUCUCUCUCUCUCUAUUACUCUGUUGCUGCAACUUCAAUUUACACUCAAUUACUCAGCUGGCUUACGGCAGCUCUCUGCCAUUCUUUCUCUCUCUACAAGUUCUUUAGCUGAAGAACAAGAAAUUACAGAAUAGUGAUCUUGAAAAUCAACUUUGAUUUUGUCGUCACAUUCGUAUUUGCAUUCAAGAUCCUCAACAAACUGUAAUAGCAUAGGAGUACUGCCUCAUACUUCUAUUCCGUGGUCACGAAUGUGAAACUAUUUCAGUUUUCUUUGCUUUUCACGGAAUUGAAAUUCAAGAAAGUUGGCAGAAAAUAUUAUAAUGAAAUUUGGGGUGCGAUUCUAGGGAUAUCUGCUAUUUUUGAAGGGUUAUUUUUUGGCUUUUUUUGUUUUUGUUAUUGUUAAUAUUGUUGUACAUCAUUUAGAGUUUGUUAUAUAGGAGUAGUUGAUAAUUUGAGUGAUGGAGGAAGGCAAUGUUUUGAGACAGUCAUCGUUGAGGCCAGGUGGCGGAGCCUUGAAGUCCACAUUGUCAGGGAGAUCAACACCGAGGGGUUCCCCUUCAUUUAGGAGAUUGAACUCCAGCAGAACUCCAAGAAAAGAUGGAAAGAAUGGUGGGGCGAGUCCUCAGUGGUUCAGAAGUAACCGCAUUGUGCUAUGGUUGCUUUUGAUCACUCUCUGGACUUAUGGUGGAUUCUAUGUCCAGUCGAGGUGGGCUCAUGGGGAUAAUAAAGAAGGGCUUUUUAGUGGUGGCUAUGGGGGUGAAUCAAGUGAUGGGAAUUCAGAGGCGCAUCUGAAAAAUCGAAGGAACUUGACUGCGAAUGAGGGUUCUUUGGCAGGUAAAUUACGAAAUGAUACAAAUCAGUCUAAUUUGAAGAAUCUGGAUGUGGUUUUGACAAAGAAGGAUAACAGUGAUUCAUCAAUUAGCAGUGUAUCAUCAAAGAAGAAGGGCAAGAAAUCGCGACGUCGUUCGCGUAGGAAGACCCACAGUAAGUCGAAGAUGAUGGCGGAAGUUGUAGACAGUGGCGUUGAUGUGCACGAAGAGGAAAUUCCGAAGCAAAAUACUACUUAUGGGCUUUUGGUUGGUCCAUUUGAUUCUAUAGAGGAUAGAAUUUUGGAGUGGAGCCCUGAGAAAAGGUCAGGAACAUGUGACAGGAAGGGCGCAUUCGCACGUCUUGUUUGGUCUAGAAAGUUUGUUUUGAUAUUCCAUGAACUCUCCAUGACUGGGGCCCCUCUGGCGAUGAUGGAGUUGGCAACAGAAUUUUUGAGUUGCGGGGCCACCAUAUCUGUUAUAGUCCUUAACAAAAAGGGUGGUUUAAUGCCGGAACUUGCUCGAAGAAAAAUCAAAGUGCUUGAGGACAAAACAGACCUCAGCUUCAAAACUGCUAUGAAAGCAGAUCUUAUUAUUGCAGGGUCGGCAGUCUGUUCAUCCUGGAUUGAACAAUAUCUGUCACGCACUGUGCUUGGUUCUAGUCAAAUCCUGUGGUGGAUCAUGGAAAACCGAAGAGAGUAUUUUGAUCGGUCAAAGCCUGUCCUCAACCGAGUGAAAAAGCUGAUUUUUCUUUCUGAAUCACAGUCUAAACAGUGGCUAGCCUGGUGCAAGGAAGAAAACGUCAAACUGAAAUCUGAGCCUGCUCUGGUUCCACUUUCUGUCAGCGAUGAGCUGGCUUUUGUGGCAGGCAUUUCUUGCUCACUAAAUACUCCAUCAUUCAGUACAGAGAAGAUGCUGGAAAAGAGACAGUUGUUGAGAACUUCAGUUAGAAAAGAAAUGGGAUUGACUGAUAACGAUACGCUUGUGAUGUCCUUAAGCAGUAUAAAUCCUGGAAAGGGUCAAUUCUUGCUUCUGGAAUCAGCACGUUUGAUGAACGAACAAGGAAAGCUAGAUGAUUCAGGAAUUGGAGAUUUGUCAGAAAGAGGCAGUGAUUAUUAUUCAAGGGCAUUGCUUCAAAAUUGGAAAAGAGUUGUUGAAUCCUCCAAUAACUCUAUCUCCAAUGGAACUUCCAUGGAUUUUGGUAUUCCCCGUCUCUUCACCAAGAGGGGUAUUCCUAAUAUGGUGACAUUUGAUCGAAUUGCAAGCAUGAGAAAACUGUCGUCUGAGAGCAUUGAACGGCAGGAACAGAAGCUUAAGGUUCUCAUAGGUUCGGUAGGAUCUAAAAGCAAUAAGUUGGUUUAUGUCAAAGCACUUCUUAGACAUCUAUCUCUGCAUUUGAACUUGUCAAAAUCGGUAUUGUGGACUCCAGCAACUACUCGUGUUUCCUCUCUGUAUGCCGCUGCAGAUGUCUAUGUUAUGAAUUCCCAGGGACUUGGAGAAACAUUUGGAAGAGUAACAAUUGAAGCAAUGGCAUUUGGACUUCCGGUUCUGGGAACAGAUUCUGGAGGCACAAAAGAGAUUGUCGAACACAAUGUAAGUGGUCUACUCCAUCCUUUGGGGCGACCAGGUGCUCGAGUUCUUGCUAAACAUCUUCGAUUUCUAGUCGAGAAUGUAUCUGUGAGGCAGGCAAUGGGAUCAAAAGGUAGAGAGAAAGUAGAGAAAAUGUACUUGAAGAAGCACAUGUACCAGAAGUUUGGUGAGGUCCUGUACAAGAGCAUGAGAAUUAAGUAACAUUUACCAAAGCACAUAUUUGAUUCUUUAGUUGGUGAGGAAAUAACAAUGUGUAUCAUACAAUUAGAGCACUGAGGGUAUGUUCCGUAUACACUUCGUAGUACAAUGAACAAUAUUGUGGGUAUGAUCAGUAUAGAUUGAAUAUUAUUUUUAAA